AAAGGUGGUCGGUUGGUCAAUUCCACAUCCUUCGCAGUUGCAUCCCAUAACGGUUGGUCGGCAGUUACAGAUCGGUCGCACAGUCUUACGGUGAAGAACACUCAGUGAACAACGGCAAGUGCAGUGCACCGAGAUGGAUGAUCUGGACAAAGCUCAGCUGGAACUGCUCCGCAAUGCCUUCAACGCAUUCGAUCAGGAGAAGAAGGGAUGCAUUGGCACGCAGAUGGUCGGUACGAUCCUGAGCAUGUUGGGCCACCAGCUCGACGAUAAGAUGCUGAAGGAAAUUAUCGACGAAGUCGAUGCCGACGGCUCCGGUGAGCUGGAGUUCGAGGAGUUCGUUACCCUGGCCGCCCGGUUCAUGGUUGAGGAGGAUGCCGAAGCCAUGCAGCAGGAGCUGAAGGAAGCCUUCCGUCUGUACGACAAGGAGGGUAACGGCUACAUCACCACCCAGGUGCUGCGCGAGAUCCUCAAGGAGCUGGACGACAACCUGACCAACGAGGAUCUGGACAUGAUGAUUGAGGAAAUCGAUUCUGACGGUUCCGGCACCGUGGACUUCGAUGAAUUCAUGGAAGUCAUGACUGGUGGUGAUGAUUAAGUGCUACACACAUCCCGGACUUUAAGCAACCAAAAUCUCAAAAGCGUAAAAAAAACUCCUACAAACCCCAUUUCUUCGUUAAGUUUCUUCUUCGUCAGUGUCACCGGGGUGCCUAAACGGACCACUGUUUAUCGGGCCCACACUCCUCUACGUGUGAUGGCUCUUUGAAGCUGGGCUCGCUGCUCUACCAUCAGUUCAUCUGCCACCAUGUUGCGAUCUGUAAGCUCUGAAAGACGCAAGAACCGGCGAAGGAACGGAGGGCUAUUGCAAGGAAACGCGCCACAACCCGUCGCUGCUGCUUAUCGUUGCUACUAAUGGUUGUUCAAAGUGUUACAUUCUAUCCGUUCCGUAUAUUCCGUGGUUGCUAAUCGGGACGGCUGCUUUUCCUUUGCCCUUCCGCAUUUCCCUAUGCCGGUUCUUGUACGGUGGUGAGCUUAGAUGUAUUACUAAACACCGACACCAUGCUAGAGGCAUGGUUUGGAUGUUGCUGUUGAUCUUAUAUUGUAAGCGAGAGCGCUAAAUAAACAACAAUUGUGGAAACCCCCUUGUAAGGGUAAACCGCAGAUAAACCAACCGAUUUGGAAAAGUAGCGUUU